UCUUCAUGUAUAUGAAGUUCCCCUUAUUCGGCUCCACCAAAAUUCAACCAAACAAACCAUCCAACCAAUCCAGCCAACAAGGUUGCACACAAAUCAUCACAAGUCCGACCGAAUUCAACAUUAUUCAAACAAUAAGCAUUGUUAUCGAGUGCAUAAUAAUAAGGCUGCAAAAUCGGAGAGGAAAUCAAAAUUGUGUCAGGUUUUAAAGAGGUUUUCAAAAUCGUCUCUUCAUAGCUACAUAAAUAUGGAGAAAGAAACCGUCUUUGAAAUUGGAUCCAACGAUUUGUCCCAUGCAAACAACUUUUUCCAAAAGUGUGCAAAUCUCUUGUCCAAAAACCAACUCGUAGAUUGCACAAUAGUUUGUUCCGAUGGUCAAGUACAGUCACAUAAGGUCAUUCUCGCCGCAUCUUGCAAAUACAUGCACGAGCUUUUGACCACCACAGUGCUCCCGACGCCAUGCAGUCAUCCCAUGAUCUUCAUGCGGAGUUGGAAGGUUGCCGACUUACAAACAAUUUUGACCUAUAUGUACACCGGAAGAGCGACCAUUCCUUGGAGAAAGGUGGCCACAAUUUUGAAAAUGUGUGACGAGUUGGAAUACAAGCGGAUGAGGACGGCGAUGAAAGCGAUUCCAAAAUCAAUGCCGGAACUCAAUUUAUUACCAAAUGGUACAAGAGCAUCACCAAUUUCUGGAAAUUUGCAUGAAAAUACUUCCCCGGGAGAAUCAUCGCACCCGGAACGUGACGCCGCCCCCACCGAAAAAUCAGAUUUUGCAGACGAUUGUUCAAACUCGAAAUCAAACCUGGCAUCGUCACGAUCCUCAAUAGAUUCCAAUUCAAACAAUUUGAAAACGACGACUAGUGCCAAUAAUUGUGAAGGAAAUUUUGGAAAAAAUGACCACUUUGAAGACUUGCAUGUCAAUUACGGGAUCAAGUCGUCUCAUGGACAAAGUGCAUUUAAUGGUAUCCGUCCAGCAAGAAAUAAGCGACACAUCGAAAUAGAUAAUUUGGAAGGUCUCGUAAAUUUUGCGGGGGCAGCAAAACGCCUAAUGCUGACACCCAUACGAGCAGGUGACAAUAAUGACUUUGGGACGUUACCAAUCAAACUGGAAGACGAAUAUGGAAGUGACGAAGAUGAAAAUGAAGACGAGGACGAGGAAGAAUUGAUUGGAAUUGUAAAUCCAGGAGAUUUGUUGGAAGCUAGUCAGGAUUUCAAAGAGGAUAUCGAUGAAGAAGCUCAAUCUGACUGUCCAUGGUGUAACGAAACCUUCAACAAUGUUGCCCUGCUUCAAAAACAUUUAAAAACUCAUGUCAAUAAGUAUCGUCCGUACUCGUGUGAAUAUUGUCAGAACUCGUUCGCCCGAUCGGCCCAUUUGAAGCGUCACUUACGCGUACACACCGGGGAAAAGCCUUACGUUUGCCCAAUCCCUGCUUGUCAGCGAGCCUUUGCUCGUCAAGAUAAGCUUAAAGGCCACAUGGAACGGCAUUUUCAACAGGCUAAUCGAACCGCAGAGAGUCUUCUAUCCCCUCCCCCAAGCACUACAACGGCCAAUGACGCCAUGACCAUAACAAGUUUCUCUCAAGUCAAAAGUAAUCAAAUAAUUCCUGUAAAAGUACAACAAAACGGGGGAAAACCAGUUGGAAGAGGAUUAAAAUCGGCUUCAAAACAAUCCUUGGACUCUUUAUUACUGGGAAAUUCGUCUCUUCAAACGAAUGGAAAUAGAUUCGAGAUCGGAACCACGACCAGCAAUGGGCUCUCAAUUUCAUUAGCGUCUUCCAACACGGGGGCGGAAAAUAGGGAAAAAUUGACAUCCUCCAACGGACUCACGGUCACACCUGCACCACGCCCUUCGUCUUCGUAUAUUCAGUCCCUAAUUUCUCGAGGAGCUGGAGCAACCAUGUUCACAACGGGAGGAGAUGACUCGUCGAUAAUUAAGAGAGAAUUGAUACAUUCCAAACCCAUGAAUUAUGUGGUUAACUAUAAUGGUUAAAGAUAAUAGGGAUAUGUACAUCAAUCAAUUAUAACUGUUAUGUAAUGUCAGUACAAUAUUAGUUUAUUUUUACACCGGGUUUUUGAAAGUAACGAAAAUUCUAUUCAUCACUUGUAUGUAAGGUAAAAACCUACUCCAAGCAACUUUGCGGGGCCUUUUAAGACGGCAUUAUUACAUAAAAGCCAGACUCUAAUGAA